UAAACGUUAUAUGUUAGAGAUAUUCAGCAUAAUUAUACAUAAUUCAUGGAGGGUGGUUUGGUGAAUUGAUGUGUUGUUCUCAGUCUUUUUAAGGAGGGAAAAACUAGAGAUUUUCAUGCAUUAAUUGGUCACUGUUGGUAGAUUGUAAGAGUAAUGGCAGCCUCCAUUGUUUUCUGCUCCAACUUUGCUUUCAAUCCUGUUAGAACCCAAGCUCAAAUCAGUCUCAAAUCGGGGAAACUCGUUCGUGGAUGUAUGAAAUAUGAACAAGCUGUUGUUGAGAAUCCAAGAGUUACUGAGGUGAAGCACAAAAAGGAUUCCCUAGAGAUUUGCAGAAUUGUUAAUGGAAUGUGGCAGACUAGUGGAGGUUGGGGCAAAAUUGAUGAGAACAAUGCUGUGGAGGCCAUGCUUAAAUACGUUGAUGCUGGACUUACAACCUUUGACAUGGCAGAUAUCUAUGGACCAGCAGAAGAUCUAUAUGGAAUUUUCAUCAACAAAGUCCGUAGGGAACGUCCACCAGAGAUGUUGGAGAAGAUUAAAGGCCUUACCAAAUGGGUACCGCCUCCCGUUAAAAUGACAAGUAGAUAUGUUCGCGAAAGCAUCAACGUGUCAAGGAAGAGAAUGGACGUUCCAGCCUUAGAUAUGCUUCAGUUUCAUUGGUGGGAUUACUCCAACACGGGCUACCUCGAUGCUUUAAAACAUCUUACAGAUCUAAAAGAAGAAGGUAAAAUCAAGACAGUGGCUUUGACGAAUUUUGAUACUGAGAGGCUGCACAUAAUCUUGGAAAAUGGUAUCCCAAUCGUUAGCAAUCAGGUCCAACAUUCUAUUGUCGACAUGCGUCCUCAACAGAAAAUGGCAGAACUUUGUCAGCUCACAGGAGUAAAACUUAUAACGUAUGGAACUGUGAUGGGAGGUUUAUUAUCUGAGAAAUUCCUCGACACCAACUUAUCGAUUCCUUUUGCUGGCCCUCCUCUAAAUACCCCAUCUCUUCAGAAAUACAAAAGGAUGGUGGACGCUUGGGGUGGAUGGGGUUUAUUCCAAACACUGCUUCAAACUUUAAAGACAGUAGCUAAUAAACAUGGGGUAUCCAUCCCUACUGUAGCCGUGAAAUACGUUCUGGAUCAGCAAUCAGUUGCUGGAUCAAUGGUUGGUGUGAAGCUUGGCCUGGCAGAGCAUAUAAAUGAUUGCAACGCUGUAUUUUCCCUCACUCUUGAUGAUGACGACGUGAAUAGCAUUCAAGAAGUAACAAAGAAAGGAGAGGAUCUCCUGAGAGCUAUUGGUGACUGUGGAGAUGAAUACAGACGUGCUUGAGAAUUGUUCCCAAUUCAAUCCUUGUCAGUUAUCAUCUGAUUCUCUUGUUUUUUAUAAGAAGAUGCAUGGUUUAUCGAGAUUGGCUACUUUCCCGGGUGUUGGGAGGGUCAUAAAUUGCAGAAGAUGUAAUAGUCCCCCAGUUGAUUGAAGUCUGUCUACACAAACCCUAUAUAGAAAAUUAUACAGAACCUCCUCGUCUUGGUUUGUAAGAAGGAAAGUUUGUUGUAGAGAAACAAGAAAUUACUGAACUCUCAUUUCACAAAUCAGUUGUCAACAUACAAGGAAAUUUUACUGUCUGUUUG